CAUGUCACCCAAACCACCCAUCACCCUUCAGUUCACCACCACCACCACCUGGAAGGCAGGAAGCCAGGAACCAAAGCGAAAAUGAUCAAAGACGCCAACUUGGCCGCCGACGCCGCACCAUCAGCACCAGAGCUCGGGCAUGAGGAGUCCGAGCGCGAGGAGCCGCCCCGCGCACCCGCGCGCGCGGCCGCUGCGCCGGCGCCGCCGCCGCCGCUGCCGUACCAGGAGAUGCUGAGGUCGACGGCGUACGAGCGGAUGCGCGCGGAGCACCCCGAGGAGUUCGCGCCGGUCAGCGUCUUCUUCACGCACGACCCGCGGAGCGCCAUCGACCGCCGCAAGGGCUUCCGCGUCAAGGCCGCGCUCGUCUACGAGGCCGUCACGGGCCACCACUCCGACGACCACACGCGCGCCAACAGCCUGCUCCUCGCCCUCGCCAAGGAAUGCCAUUCCAGAAUAAUCCAGGCACCGACCGGCGAUGCAGCAGCCACAGCCGGAGGAGCAGGAGAUGCUUCAAAGUCCGAGGAUGCUCUUCAGACUCCGAGACCUGAUAACCAAGAAACCGACGACAAGGGAAAAAGCAACAACGCACCAGCGGCGGAGCUCACCGACGAGGGCUGGGACGAGAGGCAGAAGCGCGUCGUGGACGGGAUCUUCCUCGUCGUCGGCUUCCUGCCGAAGCUCAACGAGGCGAUCGCCAAGAGCGGCGGCGACCGCGACGGCGUAGACGAGACCUUCAAGUCGCAGCACAUGCACGACAUCGUCACGGACGUGGUCAAGCUCGAGAACCAGCUCCCGUUGCGGGACCUGCUCGACGUGGCCGGCGUCGUCGAGGCCGCGGUCAGGGAGACGGUCGCCGGCGCCGGCGAGUACAAGCUGCCCUACGCCAUGGACAGCUUCGGCGACGUGGUCCGCGACUUCUGCUGGUACUACUCGCCCUUCUCCUCCUCGAGGAAGGCCGCGGCGAGCCCGUUCAAGAGCGUGGCCGCCGACGACGCCAUGGCGGCGCGCACGCUCCUGGACUGCCUGCACAUGAGCGUGGUGAAGCCGCCGCCGCCGCCGCAGGGGGCGGGCGCGAGCGGCGGCGGCGCCACCGGCCGGCCGUCCCGCAUGCCCACGGCGCGGGAGCUCCGGCGGUCGGGGGUCCGGAUCCAGGCCUCCGAGACCGGCCGCGCCGAGGUCGAGUUCGCGCAGCCGGCGGUGCGGCUGCCGGCGCUGGUGUACGACUUCAAGCUGGCCACGGUGGCCCGGAACCUCCUUGCGCGGGAGUACGACGAGCAGAGCAAGCCGGUCACGCGCUACUUCCAGAUGAUGAACGAGCUCGUGGAGGACGCCGCCGACGUCCGGAUCCUCCGCGGCGCCGGCGUGGUCCGUGGCGGGUCCGGCGGCGGCGCGCAGCCGCAGGAGGUGCUCAGGCUGGUCAAGGGCAUCGACAGGCACGCCACGUACCCGUCCGUGUACAUGGCCAUGGACCGGGAGAUCGAGAAGGUGAGGAAGUACCACGACCAGAGGAUGGCGAGCUUCUUCGUCCGCAACCGCCCCGGCGUCAUCUGGGCAUCGUCGGUCGCCGCCAUCUCGGUGGUCGCCAUCGUCGCCGCGAGGAGGAAUCGGGGGUGAGCCGGAGAAGACGAGCGAAUCAGUAUAUACGCAGCAAAAAAAAAACAGUGCUGUCACGUAUACGUACGUACAUUGUACAUAGAUAUUGUCACUUGAUGUGUUGUAAGGUGUAUCAUGGUUCAUAUACAAAUACACCGAUUAGCGGAAUACGACUACUGUCUACUGAUAUAAGGCAAUAAUAAAGUCGAACGCGUGUGCUAGCAAGAAUAGUAGCAAGCAAAUUGAACAUUGGGCUU